AGCGGAUACAUUGUUGAAGUUGAAGAAACAAUGGAUCUUCUUUCACAAUAUGGAUGUAAUUCGGCGCGGAAACGAUCGCCAUGGCAGACUCUGGCACUAGCUUCUAAAACAGCUAGAGUGUGGAAGAGCAGGAAGACAUUUACACUUAUUGAAGUUGAUAAUUCACCCGAACCUUAUGUUCUGUCUAAGCCUGCACCUCCGGUUGUGGGGAAGGUGACGCACCACACAAUAGAGCUGUACUGGGACGAUGCAUAUGAUGCUGCUGUGCUGGCUGGGUGUGGCCAGGGAGGCAAGAUACGAACUUGUAUCCAGGAACUGGACAGACACAGUCAGUGGGGAAAUAUAUACACAGGGUAUGCCAAGAGACACUCAGUGACCGGGCUGGACGCGCAGACCACCUACACAUACCGCAUCCGCUUCCAGCAUGACGAAGACACCAGUGAAUGGAGUGCACACACAGCAGUGUCCACCACAAAGGAGCCACUGACGGGAGAACAUCUUCACCGUGCUGUUAUACGCAAAGAUCUGGCAGACAUCGAGAAGAUCCUACAGUCCGGAGAUGUGUCUGUAGACGUGCCGGACAAAUAUGGCUUCAGCGCCCUGAUGCAGGCUUCCCAGAAAGGUUUGCUGGAUAUAGUCCAGCUCUUGCUAGAGCAUGGUGCCGACAUCCAUCUAAAGACUGAUGCAGGCAAGACAUGUUUGAUGCUUGCAUGUUUUACUGGUCAACUGGAGGUGGUGAAACUGCUGCGUAAGUCAAACGCCAGGUACGAUGACUUUGACCGUGGAGGGUCGACUGCACUACACUGGGCAGCUGAUGGCGGCAACGUGAAGCUGAUAGAUUGGAUGAUACAUGAUGGAGCAGACGUCAACAUGAGGGAUCACCAUUCUGGCUGGACACCCUUACUUAGAUGUGCCUCUGUUGGAGGUAACAGGGACGUGGCUCUGUCUCUACUUAUGAAUGGUGCCGAUAUCAAUGCCAAAGACAAUGACGGCAAGACAGCCCUUAUGAUAGGCAUCAUCAAUGGCCAUCAAAAUCUGGUGGAGCUCCUUCUACAGAGAAGAGCAGAUAUUACAGUAAAAAAUGAGUAUGGGAAAACGGCAGUGGAAAUGGCACACUCCAUGGAGAGACGGAGAAUUGUGAAGACUUUGGAAGAACAUCUGGAGAAAUAUGGCGUCAAAGCUUAACAAGUUGUCAGGGCAGUAGCAGCAUCCUGUGUUGAUCCUGCAGCUGAUAUUACAACUGUAUUGAAGGCUUUGUGUAAUAUGUUAAUCAUCAAGCAGAGAGAACUAUAUUGAUGUGAAAUGUUCUAGUGUGUCAUCAUGCUUGUAAUCUGCCCCUCAAAUUUACCAUGUGUUUACCCCAGCAUAUGUUAUUUAUUGCGUUGUAGAUAUUGCAGGCUGUUUCACCAUAUGUUGGUUUAUGUGUUCUCUGAUACACUAAAGCAUCCAUAAUGCGGA